UAGAGCAGGGUAAGAUCGUAUUCUGUACUCCCAAUACCUAUUAACUGAAAACAGCUGGAAGUAAAAAGCUCCAAACACUGAGUUCUAGGAAUGGGACCAAUUGCUUUCUUUUGGGUUUCAACAUUACUUUGCUUGUUUGGCUUCAUAAUGUUUGUGCACGGUGGCUCUUGCGGCCAAAGCGGUGACUGCAUUUUAACAGAUAAUACAGUAGCAACAUGUACAUCUAACGUAUGUGCCUGUAGGACGGCCGAAUACUCAUCAAUUCGUACAGGAUGUGGCGAAAAACUGAAAACACCAACAGCGCAACUUGAGACUGGUAGAUCUUCCGAUCUUUUUUCUGCAACCACAGGCAUUCUGCAAUGUUCGACAGUUCCAGGUGCAUCUUCCUACAAGUGGUUCAAUGCUGCGGCCUAUGUCAACACCUCCAAGACACUCACCAUCUCAGAAGCUGGAGAAUACAAAUGCCAAGCUAUCGCUAACACAGAGAGCUUAAACUCUGAUAAAAGUGAUGCAGUCUCCAUCUCUAUCCUUACUUCUGGUGCUUACGCAGGGUCGCUGGCAGCAAGUAUUGCCUCUACCGCAGGUCCUAUCCUUACUGGAAACAACGUAACUCUCUCAUGCUCUGGUGUCCCUAUGGGUUACAGCGGACAAGUAUCUUUUCGGGAAGGGACUAAUCUUGUUGCGUCAAGCACAACAUCAUUGUCUGUCAAACUCCCGAUGACCGCUGCACUAAGUACUAAGUCAAUAUCCUGCAAUUUAGACAGUUAUAAGAGUAUUACUUUUUCUCAAUCGGCCUUGGUCACUUUACCUACAGCAUCCGCGGCCGUGACAGUUGCAGCGGUUACCUUGGUUGCAUCCGACUCGGUAACUGGUGAUCUAGCUGGAGAAACAACCUACAACGUUGGAGCAGACGGUCCCACACUCACAUGCACGACCACGCCAAUACCUGAAUAUUUAGACAUCUCUAAAAUUCAAUAUGAGUUUUUGGUCGGAGCAACAUCCUUAAUCAAAAGUUCAUCCAAUACAUACAAAGUUGAUACCAGCAAAGAAAUUACAGCAACAUAUAAAUGCAUUGUUACUUAUAACAAUGUACCCACUGAAAAAGUACUUGCGUUCACAAUUAAUGUCAAAAACAGCUUUAUCUCAGACCCUACUGUCAUCAAAGCUCCCAAUGGUGAUAUAACUCUAGCAUCUACACUAGUUUUAUCAUGCGGAGAGUCUUCAUACACUGCAGAUUCUUACCAAUGGUCUUUCAAAGACAACCCAAUAGAGGGUCAAAAAGAUAAGACAAUCCAACUCUAUCAAUUCGCCGCGACUGACAUUGGAGUGUACAAGUGUAGGGCAGUAAAGAGUCGGUACACAACGGCGUAUGCAUCUUUUCAUGCAAUUAUGAAACCCACUCUCACGGGUGUUGCUUCUGGAAAGAUCUAUGGUGCAGGCGGUGACUACGUUCUUAAAUGUAAUACUGUGCAAAGCAUAUCAGGGUGGACAUACUCGUGGAAAAAAGGUGAUAAUGACCUUAAAAUAACAACAGACGCCUACUCAAUUAUAAAUGCAACUGCAGCCAUACAUAACGGCUCCUACACCUGCACUUCAACAUACAACGGAGCGUCCAGCACGAGCGAACCACUAACUGUAGCAGUAGAAGCGGCUGGAAAACGCUGUUCAAUACCCGGGGAUUGCGAUACAACCAAAGGAUACGCAGGAACAUGUCCAACAGCUACACCACAAGUCUGCACCUGUGCCAAUUAUUUUGUUCCCAGGGGCGAUGUCUGUGCUCUAAUCAAACCCACUAUCAGCCGUGACCCUGCUGGAACUGCAUUUUAUGCUGGCACCAACUAUGUUCUCACUUGUAAUUCUGGCUCUGAUAACACAACUGGUUGGACAUACGCAUGGAAAAAAGACAACGGUGAUGUUCAAAUCACAACAGCUAAGUACACAAUAACUGGAGCUAAUGCAACCACACAUAAUGGCAGCUACACCUGCACCACCACAUUCAGUACAUUUUCAAGCACAAGUGAUGCUCUAAUUGUAUCAGUCGUAGCAUCAGCAACUGCACCUUUCAUCAAUUGCGCCUUGAUGGUCAUCAUGGCUGCCCUGGGCUCACUUUUUAUUUAGAACAGAUAAGUAAUCACAACAGCUGACAGAGUGAAGUUAAUAAAAAAAUUAUUUGAAAUUUCAAAAAUGUAUUCUGAAUUAGAAGUUUUAGGAAUGUAAUCACUCAUCAAUAACUAAUAUGAGUAAUGCUAUUUUGUAAAGGUAGGAAUAAAUUAAAUAAAAAGAAACCAUUAACAGAAAAUAAUACUCUCUAAAAGUUUAUUUUUGUGCUUUUUGAAAAAAAACUUUAACAUAAAGGUAAUAAUGUUUUCUGUUUUCCUUUUUUAAUCAAAUGAUUUGAGUCUUUUUAUUAUAAAUUUAAUUCUAAACAACAGAUUAUUUGUUGCAAAUUCAAAUGUAAUCCCGUAUUACAUUUAUAUAAGAAAUUAUUACAAUUGCAACACUUUUUUACAAUUUAGAACUAUGUAUAUAUUUGGUAUGAUUUUCUGAAACUGUGAAUCACUACAUAAUGUGUGCUAUCGUGCAGACAAACUAGAGUUAAUACAAAAAUUAUUUGAAAUUUCAAAAACUUAUUCUGAAUUAGAAUUUUUAGGAAUCUAAUCACUCAUCAAUAAAGUAUAUUAGUAAUGCAAUUUCUUAAGGUAGAAAUAAAUUAAAUAAAAAGAAAACAUUAACAGAAAAUAAUACUUUCUAAAUGUUUAUUUUAAGUGCUUUUUAGAAAGAAAUCUUUAACUUAAAGGUAAUAAUGUUUUCUGUUUUCUUUUUUACUUUCUCGUAUAUACGAAGUAUAGAGAAAGUAUUGUAAUCGUGCAAAAAAAAAUCGAGAUUUUUACAAAUCUCGACGUUUUACACCUCACUGAUACGGAAAAACAUAAUUUUGCAAUCUUGUCCGUAUAUCUGUGUGUGUGUGUGUGUCUGUGUAUCUGUGUGUCUGUGUGUCUGUCCGUGUGUAAACACGAUAACUUGAGUACCGUUAUAGCUAGGUGGAUGAAAUUUCAUAUAUAAGUAUUAUAUCAAAAUCGUAGAUCCGUAUCAACUUUUGAGCGAUUUCCGAUAACCGGAAGUGGUACUUUUUCUACUUUGAAUUUUUCAAAAGCCUAUAACUUGAGUACUAUUUCAGAUAGAUAAAUGAAAUUUCACAUGUAAGUAAAAGAUCUAAUUCUCUACCUUCUGUUAAAUUUUGAGUAAUUUCCGUUGACUGAAAGUAGUACUUUACGCUACUUCCGAUUUCUCACAAAACUAAUGUAAAUUUCAAAAGUACUAAAAUAUUGCGCACUGUUAUGCGCUUUUUUAUUUGGCGUUCACUUGGUGUGCAAUUAAUUUGUCUACGAGAUUUUAUUCUAUUUUUAAAACUUUAAGUAUUUAAAAUGGAUUAAAAAUCAUGUCUAUAGCCCGAGUUCCCAUCCCCUGUUAUUUUAUAAAAGAAUAUUCGAGAAAUUUUAGGGGAGAUCACUCCCGGUUUAUUAAUCAUAUUAUUUCAGUCUUUUUAUUAUAAAUUUAAUUCUAAACAUCAGAUUAUGUGUUGCGAAUUCAAAUGUAAGCCUGUAUUACAUUUAUAUGAGAAAUAAUUACAAUUGCAACACUUUUUUUACAAAUUAAAACUAUGUAUACAUUUGGUAUGAUUUUCUGGAACUGUGAAUUUAUACAUAAUGUGUGCUAUCAUGCAGAAAAAAUAGAGUAAAUCCAGCUACUUAAAUGUACGUUUUAGCUCGUUUGCUCAGCAUGAUGUCUAACUACGCCCUGUGAAGUCUUUUUAAACUGCUGAUUAUUAUACCCUGCUUUAUAGAGUAGCACGGCUUUGUUCAUAUUACAUUCCAUACUUGUCAUAUAUAUAUGUA